AUUUCAGUUUAUAAUCAAAUAUUUCAGUUUGUAACAAUAAAAUCAAUUUUGAACGUUCCCGUUGUGAUAGUUUAAAGUUCACAUUUCAAAUUUUUUUGGAGAUGACACAUCUGUAUAACGAUUGAUGAUCCAUUUUCCAAAAGGCGACCUUUAUCAUGUUUUCUGAACGUAACUUGUGCGAUUUUCGGUACGAUAUGUGUUCACGUUCCUCCAAGAAAUAAACCGGCUUAUACUUGUAUUUUGUGUCGGCUACAAAAACUUGUAUAAUUAUAAAUUUCAUUAUUAUAUUUACAUAUUGGAAAAAAUGGCUCAACAUAUUGCGCAUGAUAUAAACAAGAAGCAGAGGACGAGUGAUAUAAAAAUAGAAGGAGAUGUUACAUUUUUCCAAAUGAGACUUCCACGAGAUAUUCUGGAUGGGUUAAUGUCUGCUGGAUUUGAAAAACCAUCUCCUAUCCAGUUGAAAGCCAUUCCGUUAGGCCGUUGUGGAUUUGAUUUGAUAAUACGUGCAAAAUCCGGAACUGGAAAAACUGUAGUAUUUGGCGUAAUAGCUCUUGAAACAUUAGACAUUUCGAUACCAUCACCACAAGUUGUAAUAAUAGCCCCUACGAGGGAAAUUGCGAUUCAAAUAGCCUAUGUUAUUAAAGCAAUAGGUUCAAAAAUGGAAGACUUAAGAGUUGAAUAUUUCGUGGGAGGAAUAUCAAUAGAGGAAGAUAAGAAAAAGCUGAGCAAUUGUCACAUAGCUGUUGGUGCACCUGGCAGAAUUAAACAUUUGAUUGAAAAAGGAUUUCUUAAAGUUUCAAAAGUCAGAUUGUUUGUUCUUGAUGAGGCAGACAAAUUAAUGGAGAUUAAUUUUCAAAAAGAUAUCAACUACAUAUUUUCAAAACUACCAUCCAGCAAACAAAUUAUUGCCUCAAGCGCUACUUAUCCUGGAGAUUUAGAAACAUUUUUACAAACUUACAUGUCCUCUCCAGUGUUAACAUCACCAAAUAUUGAUGGACCAAUUUUGAUUGGAAUCAAACAAUUUGUGGCUAUAGUUCCGGCACAUCCUAAUGCGAUGAGACAGGUACAAAUGAAAGUUGACGAGUUGGUAAAGAUUUUUACCAAGAUUCCAUUUAAGCAGUGUCUAGUUUUUUCAAAUUAUCAAUCACGAGCUCAAUCAGUAAGCAAUAAUAUUAAUUCAUUGGGUUUUUCAUCGUCACAUAUUGCUGGAAAUCAAGAUAUGAUCAAAAGAUUGGAGGCGAUUGAAAAUUUAAGAAAUUUGGAAUGUAGAAUUAUGUUGACCACGGAUCUAACUGCAAGGGGUAUAGAUAUAGAAAAUGUUAAUAUGGUCAUAAACUUUGAUAUACCUACGGAUUCGGCGACAUAUUUACAUAGAAUUGGCAGAGCUGGGCGCUAUGGGUCUUAUGGAAUUUCUAUCACACUUGUCUCUGAAAGUGAGCUUUCAUCGUUCCGAAAACUAUUGUCUUCAAUUGGCGGACCGAAGUUUUAUUUGUUCAAGCUCAAUUCUGAUUACAAGGAAGAUGUUUGGGCCAAUGAUACUUCAAUAUUUGAAAAAAUUUAUUUGGAAUCUGAGACGAAUUCCACAAAGUUGCCAGCCAUUGAUAAAACAAUUCUUGAAUCUGAAAAUGGUGCACCUAUAACGAUAUCUAUGUCAGGACAUGUAUUGCCUUCAGUAGUUAGUGAUACAUCAUCAGAGAAUAAUGUUGUCAAUGCUUCUAUUGUGAAACAUGAAGAAUGUAACAAUGUCUCGUCCAAGAGUACAGCAGACAAUAGUAUUCUGUCAACAGAAAGUAAUAUCACUCCUACAAAAUAUGAUGAAUGUGAAAGUAGUUCGUCGAAAUACGUGCCAACAAAUACAUUAUCGUCAAAAAAUAAUGCUCGAAAUACUGAAAAACAUAAAAGACGUAAGUCCUCGAAAAAAGGAAAAUGCCAUAAAACUGUCUCCAAUAAUAUACAUGUAAAACCAAGAUCUAAUUUAGAUGAGAAGAUAACAAUUAGUUCAUUAUUUCAACAUUACGUUCAAGGGAAAACUAAUUCUGCGAUUAACACUUCUAAAGAAUGUAAAAAAGUGUCAAAUGCAGAAUCUGUAGUUGAAAAUUCUGAAGAAAGUAAAGUAUCGGCUCUAAACUCAUUCGGAUCAAGAAACAUAUAUAGGUUUACAAUAACACCUAAUUCCGAUGUUGCUUCUGCUAUGGAAGAAUUGAAUAAAGAUAUCGUAUUUAAAGUAGCUCUAUCAGACGCUGAGAAUUGCAAAUUAUCAGAUGCGGAGGUUGAAACCCUUGUUCAAUAUAUGAAGGAUUCCUCAAUUGACGAAGAAAACAAAAAAGAAGAAAAUGUUGCAUCAGUUUCUACGUCUAAUUACGAUAAAGACGAUGACAAUGAAAAAAUGUUUAUACAAAUUUUUCAGGAUAGUUAUUCUUCAAAAAAUCCUGACUUUACGCACAGUUUACCUAUAAACAAAUUGGAUAAUAAUGAAAAUGAUCACAUACGGGCAAUAGUAAACAAUUAUCUAUUAAUAUACGGUACAAAAAUUAUAACAAGCGACAAUAACGUUUGUAAUGAUGAAGAAUCUCUGCUGAAAGUGGCUUCCGAGUGGAAAGAGUUACUCGAUUUUGAAAUUAAUUUGUUGGAUAAUACAUACGAAGGCAUGACCGAAUCUUUUUCCAAACUAGUAUAUAAAGAACACUUUUCAGUUCUCAAAACUUUCCUUAAUAUGCAGAAACGGGCUUUCUUGUGCGUUUUUCCACAACUUCGUAAUGAUGAAGAGGUGCAAGAUACUUAUAUAUAUUCAGCAUCUAAUUCAGACAAUAAUUUGUUAGAUAUGUACAAAGAGAUAGAAGAUUUCAAGAGCCGUUUCUAUACAUUAGGAACUACAUUUAACGCAUUUUUUCCUUAUCCUAUAAAUAUUGAUGAACAUAUGCCAAAUUUAAUGAUGUCAGUCUCUGAGAUCGAAGAAUACCGCAAGGCAUUACAAUAUUUUAGAACUUAUCAAAGUCCCAAUGAAAAAUUAUUAGAAAUAAUAGAUUAUAUAGCAUGUUUCAGUGAAAUUGAAACACGUGAUUUGAUUCAAAAAAUAAGAGAACAAAAUUUGUCAUUCUCAGAUAUGAAGGCGCUUCUUAAAGAAACAGCAGAGAGGAAUGCAAAAGAUGACAAAUUAACGGAAGAUUCACAAUUAUCUGAAAAUUCUUUGGAAAAUGAUAAAUUGACGGAGUAUCAAAUGCGUGAGAAGCCGCUGCUUUUGGAAAAUCAAAAUGACAUUCAAUAUCAUAAGAUUCCUGAAGUGGAUGUUCCAAUAACAAAUCCAAUUCCAGUAAACGGAAAAGAUUCGAAGACGAAGAAGAUGCAGAAAGUUUGCUCUAGUGAAACUGCAGUUACCCAUCAAGACGAACACGAUAUACAGAGUACGAAAGAUGACGUUUCCACUACAAUCUCCAAUCAAAGAUAUCAAAAUGUAGAAGUUUGGCAAAUGAAUGGUAAAAAUAAUGAAGAAACUUGCAGUACUUCAAGCGAGAAGUCAUUUGUAUCGUCUGAUAAGGAUGUCACGUGUACCGAUAAAAUUGCUUUGAAUAACCACCGGAAAUUAUCAUCGACCAGUAGCAGCAGUAGUCAAGAAUUCAGCAGGCAGAACGUUCAACGUAGUAAAGUUAAAAUCGCGCAACCAACAUACACACCCGUACAAACAAAUAACAUUGUUUACAAUAAUGUGGACGCGGUUGGCAAACACGAUAAACAUGCGCGGUCUCGUAAACAUGAUCCAAAGGAUAGCGUAGAUGUAGAUGAUUCAAUCGCAAGAUAUUUAAAGACAGUAAAUUAUUCACGUGCGAGUGUGGAUGCCAAGAAAACUCGUGAACCUUCGUUGAAUCCGGUGCAAAGUUUUCAUCCGCAAAUCCCAGAUUCUAAUUUGUACUGCGAUUUAGAUAUAAGAGAGGGAGCGCGCUCGUCAAAUCAAAUCUAUCGCGAUCAGUGGGAUGAACGUGUACCUUCAUGUUAUUCUUCCCGUACACAUCUACACGCUCAAUCGUCACGCUCUAAUCGCGUACCACAAUGUUUCAAACAGGAAACCAACAAUGAGCGUUCUGCAAAUUCAAAGGUUCACAGAACAGGUGACGAUUUAGUAAACAACGUUUAUUCAUGCGAAACGGAUAUUGAAAGAUUCCUGUCGUCGUUGAGAAUGCAAACCGAUCGUUUGCAUCUGGAGAUCUACAAAUCGCAAAUGUUGGAGAAUUAGACUUAUGUAUGUACUACGAUCAAUGAUUAUGCAGGAUUGGGAGAGUAUCGUCCGUUCAAUUAUGCGCGUAAUUGACGUUCACGUAAAUUUGUACCGCGGGCGCGUUUUCGUCGGAUCCUUUCUCACGAUGUGUUUAUGAUCAGGCAGCGGCAAAGAAAAUGACACGUGAAUCGAUCGAUAGCGAAAGGUCACGCAUCGCUGGUACUUAACACGCAUCGGCGAGACCGGCGUGAACUGUGUGCCGGGGGUAACCUUUUCCCUACCGAUAUUCGACGCUACCUGCGGUUAUGCAAUUGCAUUGAUCUUUUGCGAUCGGGUCUCGUAUAGUCCCGAUCGAUCGAAUAUUGUCGGAAUUGUCAGCAGUAAGAAUACUUUAUGUCCAUGUAAUCAGUCAUCUUUAUAAAAACGUCCAUUAAUAUACAUGUAAAUAUCGUAUGCGUGCGAUACAAAUCAUAUGUUAUUUUGCAUGUGAGCAAUUAAUAAGUUUAUUUUUUUACCUCUUGUAAAUGUAAAUGUUUUUUUUUAUCUAUAGGAUGUUUAGAAUUGUCCAAGUGCACACAUUACCAAUGGAAAAUGUCUAGUUUUACUUUCAGUAAAAUAAACAUCUGAUUUUAAUAAA